AUGAACACAACAGACCAACUUAGAAUCCCAGAUAAUUAUCAGGAAGCUUUUGCAAAAAAUAUUGUUAUUGUUUCUCUUGCUAUAAUCAUUAUUUUUAUAAAUGGAAUCUUAGUAGUGACUUUUUUCUGCAACCCUGUACUUCAUAGUGAGUCUAGAUACAUUUUAUAUAUUAACCUUGUCAUAAAUGAUAUCUUCAUGAUUUGCAUAUCAGUGACAUUGUAUGUGUUAACCUAUGCAUUGCCAUACAUAAAUGUUUCUGUUUGUUGUACACUCUUAGCAAUAGCAUCAACUACAUAUAUGAACACACCUUUGAAUUUGGGUGGAAUGGCAGUAGAACGUUACAUUGCCAUCUGUAAUCCACUGCAUCAUACACAGAUUUGCACUGGUAAAAAGACAUAUUUGUUAAUCGGUUUGCUAUGGGGAAUUGGUGCUAUCCCUGCAAUUAUUGACACAAUCAUUAUUACUGCAAUGCAACCUAGUAAGUUUUUUCAGUCUCUUACAUUCUGCCAACCGAUCGUUGUGUACAACACAGUUUAUUAUGCACAAAAGACAAUUAUUACACAAACUAUUUACAUGUCAUUUGUGUGGAUAACUUUAUUCUAUACAUACUUUAAAGUUCUUUUUAUAGCUAAAGUUGCCUCAUCGAGCCAUCAUCAAAAUUCAGCUAAAAAAGCCAGAAAUACAAUUUUGUUGCAUGGCUGUCAGUUACUCCUCUGUAUGAUGUCUUAUGUAACACCUGUCUUGGAUAUGCUGUUGAUUCCAUUUUUUCCAGCUCAUCGAACUAAGAUCACAUUCUUUAACUAUUUGCUAACAAACAUUUUACCAAGACUCCUGAGUCCUCUAAUUUAUGGACUUCGAGAUCAGAAGUUUGUAAGACAUAUGAAAGGCUACUUUUCCUGUAAUAUAGUGCUUGUAAAGAUUAGAUAA